AUGCCGUUACGGAUAGACAAGAAGGGUACUGAAGAGUCAUCUCAAAAUGAAAAAGCAAAGAGUCGUUUGGUUCUUCGGGUUUGCUUGGUAAUCCUGUUCCUUGCCAUUCUCCACAUUGGCUCCGAGCAGACAGGAUUGAAAGGCUUCAGGGGAAAUGCCCUUUUUCCAGCGUCCACCAGCUCGGCCCUGGUGUGGAAAUCAUCGUCGUCAUCAUCAUCAUCAUCAUCACAGCAGAAAGAAGUUAUUUUGGAUCUGGUGGACGACGAACAGGAAUAUAUCAAGUGGCUAGUGGAAGAACGAGAAAAGGUCUCCAAUGUCACAGAGAUCAAAACACCCAUCAAGGUGUUGUACCGAGCCAUGGCGGGAUUGGGCCAUCAGCUGCUUCGAUUGUCGUCUGCCUACCAUUUAUUGACCAUUUACCAAAUUCCCUUGAUUUGGCCCACCGCCAAUCCAGUGUGCGGAGGUACAAUAUUUACAAUUUACGAACAUCUGAUAGGAAAAGGUCCCCUGUUUGUGGACCUACCAUACUUGAAAGAAAAGAAUUCGUACCACAUGGAGAUUAUUGCCCUGCCCUUGCGAUUCCCAAAGCUGGAAUUUGUGAAUGAGACGGAACUUUCUGAAGAAGAGAGACAAGAACUCGUGCGGGGGAUCAACCUCAACAAUGAGAUUCCGGGGUAUUCACAUGCGGUUGGGGAUGUAUGGGAUAUGGACCUUCCUCGGUUCCAGGAGAUGGACUUUUACAACAAGUUCCAGACCGACUAUCAAAUGUAUCAUCAGUUAAUGUUACUGUUCGAACACAAGCAUCGGACAAAGAUUAACGAAAUCCAUGAGAAAACACGAUUUUCGAGUCACACUGUGUUUGCUUUGCACAUUCGGACUGGAAAUGGAGAAACGGGCGAUUUUGAGAAAAAGAGCCGAGGGAUUAAAAACCUCGAGCAAUGGACGGAGACUGUCAUUGAACUUCUUUGUGACUAUCGAGAAAGGAAUUCCCCUCUGUUUGACAAAAAGCCGCUAAUGAUCUUUGUGGGUACCGAUACCGGUUCGAUCGUUCCAAAGCUACAGAACAUAUCGUCGACUUUGUGCCAGAUUCCAAUUGUUUCGGCUGACCAAGCCUAUCCAGAAGAGGGAAAGAGUGUUUCAUUCCUCCAAAAAUACGACAAUGAUGAAAAGUGCCUCCAAGGAUGGGAGAACAUGUUUAUGGACAUGUACUUUUUCACAAAAGCCAACACUGUUGUAACCGGUUCGUAUUCUUCCUUUACGCAAGCGGCACCAAUGUCCUUUGUGAUGCACCGUGCCAAGAAAAAUGGCAUGUUGAACGAUAAUUCUCAUCCUCACUUAUUUUGUGAGCUGAAUCGUUAUGGCAAUCGCAUGGACUGCUUUCAAGAUUUCGAAAAUUGGUUGCGACGAAAUGCGGUGAAAUACUUCGGAAACAUGUCGUCUCCCGAACAACGAAUAAGACAGGAGCUGCCGUUCCCAAAUUGGAGGAUAAAAUCCAUCAGCAUCAACAAGCUAUUUGCCAAAACGUUAUUACGAGAACCUGCCGAUUCGAAGAAACCGUCCUCGUCAUCGACUAACAGAAUGACGUUCCAAGAGUGGAUGGCUCUGAAUGAAAUUGCAACCACCAAUAACACCAAGAACAACAUGAAGAAAAAGAAGAAUGCUUGA